AUGGCUUUUGUUCUGACUGAAACUGCUGCGGGUUACGCCCUGCUGAAGGCCACUGACAAGAAAAUCUACAAGUCGUCGUCGUUGAUCACUGACCUCAACACCCCAGAGAAGGUGGUGAGCCAGUUCAAGAUCGCAGCCUUCUCCAAGUUCACAUCUGCUGCUGGGGCCCUGGAAGAAUCCAAUGCCAUCGUUGAGGGAAAAGUCUCGGACCAGCUGGCCAAGUUGUUGGAAGAGGCUAAGUCUUCCAAGAAGGCUACUCUGGUUGUCUCGGACACCAAGCUGGCCAACUCCAUCAACAAGUUGGGACUUAACUUGUCUGUUGUGUCAGAUGCCGUGACUCUGGACCUCUACAGAGCUGUGAGGGAGUACCUGCCGGAACUUUUGCCCGGUAUGACUGACCGUGACCUUUCCACCAUGUCUCUUGGUCUGGCUCACUCCAUGGGCCGUCACAAGCUAAAGUUCAGCGCCGACAAGGUGGACACCAUGAUUGUGCAGGCUAUCGCUCUUUUGGAUGAUUUGGACAAGGAACUGAACACCUACGCCAUGAGAUGCAAGGAGUGGUACGGAUGGCACUUUCCAGAGCUGGCCAAGAUCAUCACCGACUCUGUGGCAUAUGCUCGUAUUAUACUGACCAUGGGAGUUAGAUCUAACGCCUCAGAUGUCGACCUGAGUGCAAUUUUGCCAGAAGAGGCUGAGCAGCAGGUGAAGACCGCUGCUGAAGUUUCGAUGGGUACCGAAAUCACACCUAUCGAUCUCGAGAACAUACAGGCUUUAGCCGAACAGAUCGUUGAGUUUGCUGCGUAUCGUGAACAACUGUCGAACUAUUUGUCAUCGAGGAUGAAGGCGAUUGCUCCUAAUUUAACCUCGCUUGUUGGUGAGCUUGUUGGUGCUAGAUUGAUUGCGCACGCCGGUUCGCUAAUGUCUCUUGCCAAGGCCCCAGCCUCCACGAUUCAGAUCCUCGGAGCCGAGAAAGCCCUUUUCAGAGCCUUGAAGACCAAACAUGACACACCCAAGUACGGUCUUCUAUACCAUGCUUCGCUUGUUGGACAAGCCACCGGAAAGAACAAGGGUAAGAUUGCCCGUGUGCUUGCUGCCAAGGCUGCCGUUGCGCUUCGUUAUGACGCGCUUGCCGAGGAGCGUGAUGAUUCUGGUGACUACGGGCUCGAGGUGAGAGCCAAGGUCGAGUCCAGACUUAGUGCGCUUGAAGGUCGUGAUCUUAGGACUACUUCCAAAAUCGCACGUGACCAGCAGAAGGUUGAGAUUUCCUCCUCCAAGUCCUACAACGAGGAUGCUGAUGCCGUUGCCGAUGUUUCCAUGAAGGCGGAAGACGCUGACUCAGACGAUGAGAGCGACUCUGAAGAUGAGGAGGAGAAGCCUAAGAAGAAGGAAAAGAAGGAAAAGAAGGAGAAGAAGGAGAAGAAGGACAAGAAGGAUAAGAAGGAUAAGAAGCGUAAGAGAGACGUGUCCGACGACGAAGAAGAGGCCAAAGAGCAGAAGCACAAGAAGGACAAGAAAGAUAAGAAGGAGAAGAAGAGCAAGAAGGAGAAGAAAGAAAAGAAAUAG